CCGCAUCCUUCAAUUUCCGUAAAUAGCGACAAAAAAAAGAACCUAAGAAACAGGGUGGGAAAUCUAAGGGAUGGGAGCGGACGACGUCGUCGACGGUGGAGUACGGAGAAGGGCAUGCACGUUCCACCCAAACGACUUCUUCCCUGAGGAGUCGUUUAAGAGUUGGGGAAAUUAUGGGAGAGCGUUUCUGGAAACACCGUUCAGGUUGAAGGAUCGGGUCUUGACCCGAUCCAAGGAUCAUACGGAGCUUGUUGAGAUGAAGGCUCGGAGUAGCCACGAGAUGAAGAAGACGCUCAAUUGGUGGGACCUUAUGUGGUUCGGAAUCGGCGCCGUCAUAGGCUCCGGGAUAUUCGUCCUCACCGGACUUGAGGCCCGCACGGUGGUGGGACCGGCGGUGGUAUUGUCAUACGUCAUCUCCGGCAUCUCUGCCCUGUUCUCUGUCUUUUGCUACACUGAGUUCGCAGUUGAAAUACCCGUUGCAGGCGGUUCAUUUGCUUACUUAAGAGUGGAGUUGGGAGACUUUGUGGCCUUCAUAGCUGCCGGAAACAUCCUCCUUGAGUAUGUAAUAGGCGGCGCCGCCGUAGCUCGGUCAUGGACCUCUUAUUUUGCCACCCUAUGCAACAAAAACCCCGAUGACUUUCGAAUAAUAGUCCAUAAAAUGAGCUCCGACUAUAACCAUCUUGACCCUAUAGCCAUUGGAAUCCUCAUAGUGAUAACCAUCCUUGCAGUGUACAGCACCAAAGGCUCUUCCAGAUUCAAUUACAUUGCCUCAGUGUUCCACUUGGUUGUCAUUGUCUUCAUUAUAAUUGCUGGCCUCACCAAAGCCAAGACCGAAAACUACACUACAUUUGUUCCUUUCGGAGUUCGUGGUGUGUUCAAAGCUUCAGCUGUUCUUUUCUUUGCUUACGUAGGGUUUGAUGCAGUGUCAACUAUGGCUGAGGAGACUAAGAACCCUGCAAGGGACAUUCCUAUUGGUCUUGUUGGUUCAAUGGUGAUUACCACGUUGGCUUAUUGCUUACUAGCAGUGACACUAUGCCUUAUGCAGAACUACAAAGAUAUUGAUGAAAAUGCACCCUUUUCGGUUGCGUUUGGUGCUGUAGGAUGGAAUUGGGCUAAGUACAUUGUAGCAUUGGGAGCGUUGAAGGGAAUGACAACAGUGUUGUUGGUGAGUGCAGUGGGUCAAGCUCGUUAUCUAACUCACAUUGCACGUACACACAUGAUGCCUCCUUGGUUUGCUCUUGUUGAUGAAAGGACUGGGACACCUGUCAAUGCUACAAUAGCAAUGCUUGUAGCUACAUCUGUCAUUGCUUUCUUCACAGAUCUUAGUAUUCUCUCCAACCUCUUGUCAAUUUCCACUCUCUUUAUCUUUAUGCUUGUGGCAGUAGCGCUUCUUGUGCGCCGCUACUAUUCAAGUGGGGUAACUACAAAAGGGAAUCAAGUUAAGCUCAUUGUGUGCCUUGUUCUAAUUCUUGGCUCUUCAUGUGGCAUUUCUGCUUAUUGGGCUAGCAGUGAUGGUUGGAUUGGGUAUAUAAUAGCUGCACCGUUGUGGCUUUUAGGUACUGUAGGUCUUUGGCUUGGUGUUCCACAGGCAAAAAAGCCAAAACUUUGGGGGGUUCCUUUAGUUCCAUGGCUUCCUUCUUUAUCUAUUGCUAUUAACAUAUUCCUUCUUGGGUCUAUUGAUAAAAAAUCAUUUAUCAGGUUUGGGGUAUGGUCAGGGUUUCUUUUGGUAUACUAUAUUUUCUUGGGGUUACAUGCUUCCUAUGACACAGCAAAAGAGUUUGAGAACAAAAAUUGUACCGAGGAGGUUGACAAGCAGUUGUACAAGGUGGAAGACGGAGGAGAAGUGCAAGUGUCUACUACACCAGUAGUUUACAAGUGACAGGUAAAAGGUUAGCAUAUAGCUGCCUAUUAGGCUUCUACAAAUAAUUUUCUUUCUGCGUGUUUGUGGAUGUGUAUAUGAAUUUGUGGGAAAUAUUUUUAGUACAACCGUGGUAUGUAGGACCGGUUAAUAGGAGUGCGUCGUAUCAAUUAAAAUAGUUUUAACUAUGUAUUCCCAGAAAAUACAUAGUGUAAAUACCACCACUGCACCCGGUGAUCAGUACGAUGGUGGUACCGAAAAUGCUAUCGAAAUUUGUGAUGCUAAAUUAUUUGUGUAUGUGGCAAAUGUAGCUUUAGCUCAACUGGAAC